AUGAACAGCGAGCACUGCGGAUUUACGGUAGUGUUCUUCCCAAGGAGCAGCAAAGGCAGGCAGCGCGAGCAUUCUCCGGAAAUGGAGUACAUACAGUACUCCGUUGAUGCAUUAACGGGAAAAAGCAACAAGAUGGAGACUGCGAAAGUGGACCGCAACGUGGGUGCGGGGCUUAAGCCACAAGCUUGGCUGCUUUUCCUUGAAAUUCAUCGCCAAUUUCUGAGGUUCACGAUGGGUGGGGUGACGUUGACUCUCCCCCCACUGUAUACUCCGGGGCGAGAGUCGAUGUCCUGCGUUGGCGGAUUAUGGGUUUGA